AUGCAGGAAACCGACAAGAGCGCUACCGUCGCAUACAACGCCGUUGAUGUAAGCAUAGGGGAGGCUGAGGAGACCUCAUUGACAAGGGGGUCCCCAGCAGCUUCCGCUCUAACUCGGGGUAAGGCGACGAAUUCGCCACGCGGCACCCCACGGAAAGGAGGAAGUGGAGACAAACGCGGCGCCAAGGACUGUGCAGGCAUGGAGGGGGAGCGGUUGCAUGAUGUGUCUGUUGCAACGCAGGAGACCAACACCUGUGGGAGUCCCAAAAGGAUUGGCGGGCCUGCGAAACCCCAUCAGCGGCGGGGUAUUUCACCCGCUGUUCCGUAUCCG